UUUUUUAAGAAAACAUAGAUCAUAAAUGGAAAGUUUCCUCAAGAAACCAAAGUUGGCUGUUUGGUCGUGACCCAUGAUCCUGAUCCCAUUAAUGCACUGUUUUUCGUGUUCCUGACGGAAGCUCCAUCAUGAUGUAUCCAUUUCCACUUCCACGAUCUUGUUGAACAUUACACCACCACUAUCCCAAAACAACCGAACAAUGUUACAAUUACCCAUUUUCUUCUGAAAUCGAUCCAACGCGGUACAAUACAGAAGGGAUCCAUCACCUAUGUCAAGAAGCGUGGAGGGUCCUGACGGUCAAAUCCAUGUGGAGGAUCUGAAUUUGAACUGCAAUGAAUACGACACGUUUGUUGUCGUUUCAUCGGUUUUGUUUAUUUUGUAUCUCGCUGUGAAAGCCAAGAAGAACAUCAACAGCCUCUGUAAUAGAGGUUCUUGUAUUAUCGUUUCCUAUUAUGCACUUCUCUGGAUUGUUACCCUUUUAAACCUUGCUCGCUCUGUUCUUCAGGCAUGGCAGUGCACUCCUGGAAAGGAGGUUGCUUGGAAUAUGUUGUCAUUGUUUACAGCAUCAGGUAUGUUGUAUCUAGAGAUAAGCUUGAUGGCUUUCUUGCUAAACAAUGGCUACAUGAAUGCCAUGGAAACUCUAGCACAUACUUCCACUGUAUCAGGAAUUGUUGUCUGCGUGGACACUCUUCUUAAGGCAAUAUAUGUUUUUGGAUUUGGUGUUCCUUUGUUCAAUCGCACCGUUGGAAGCACUCAUACGUUCCUGUGGGGUUUGUGGAUAAUACAUAAGUUAUUGCUUGCUGCAGCAUAUGGCUUCAUUUUAUUUGUACAAUUCUCAAAAUGGAGAGAAAAACUGCCCCUCAGGCAAACUUUCUACAACUAUGUUGUGGUAAUGUUUAUAUUCAACGCAAUUACUCUGUUUGCUUGUGGGCUGGCGGGAAUUGGUGCUGGCCUUGGCAAUUGGUUGUAUGAUUUUACUGUGAUGUGUUAUCACGCUCUAUAUCUUCCGUUUCUGUAUGUAACUUUCCUGGCAGAUUUUUUCCAAGAGGAAGACUUCCUUUUGGAUAACGCGUAUUAUUCGGAGAUGAAAGAUGCAGGAUUCUUUGACGCUGACUGGGAAUAACAUAACUCCCAAACAAUUUGUACAUGGAAGGAACAUACACAUUUAGUUCUAUGCACUGUAAAUAUCUAUACUUGAUAAAUUCCUAACUAAGUCAAAAUGAAACUAUGCUCCAUGAACAUCUUAAGGAAAUGUUAAAUCUAUAUGACUCUAACCCUACUAUGAAACACAACGAAAGAAACAAUGCUGUUAAAAUCCAGCAUAUCAUAUAAAUCAAGAAACAAACUGGUUCUUAAACCAGCUCCGAAAACUCAAA